AUGGCCCCUAGCACUGCCACCACCACGCAGUUAAAUGGGCACUAUGCAAAUCAAUAUCCCAAUCAGAAUGACAAACUGCCACUACUGCAUUUACCGCACAACAAAGCCUAUACUCGCUAUGCACCUAAUAUCAUCAUUGCAUUGUCUUCCUUGUAUGUGGUAUCAUUUUUGCUACAUUACAUUAUCAGAAAAUGCAGGAAAUAUCGAGACAGGAAGCUACAGCGAGAAAAGCAGCACCUCAAACAAGCUUGGAAGAAAACCAUGGCUAAAUUUGAGCUACAAUCUAAGCACAAUCUGCUGCUAUAUCCAGAUUCUGCCUACAACAAAGAGCAAUCCUACAACUCAUCAGCUUCCUCAAUCACCUUGAACUAUUCAUCCUGUACAUCGCCAACAUCUCCAAGUAUUACUGCUACUCCUGUAGACAUUAGUUCCGAUAAGAAGCAUUGCCAUCAACCACAUUCGCCUUCUUCGUCUCUAUCCAGCUUUGCCACAACAGAUACAGCUGCUGGUAACUCGAUUCAACUUGCUAAUCAUCAUCCCAUCAUUGUAGAGCCAGCAUUCACAGAGAAAGUAGCCUCGAUAAACAGAGAGUCGAUGAGACAUGAUGAUCGGCCUUCUCGGCACAUGUUUGGCAGCAACAAAUUGGCAAAUUAUUGGAAGAUCAACAACAACAAGAGAUUAAACUUGCUGUGGCAAUGGAGUGUAGCCUUGGGAUACUGUGAAUAUAGCCAUGCUAAAUAUCUUGAUGAUAUGGUGAGGCAAUUGCAGAGAUACAAUAUUGAUGUCUCUACCACUGUAAAUCGAGAGAGAGUUGUGCUUGAAGAUGAAUAA